GGGGAAAGGAGGAGGGCGGGGGCGCGCGCGCGGCGGUGUCUGCACGCGCCGAUCCCGCACGGAUCGCGGCGGCGGCGGCAGCAGCAGCGGGAGCCACCGGCGCGCACGGCGAUGCCCGCGCUGCUCCCGCCGCUGGCCGCCCCCUGAAGACACCCCUCUCUGUCUUCCCCCCUUAUCUCCAGCAGACCUCAGGCUCUUUUUUCCCCCCCCUUCUCCCCCUUUCCCCCCUUUCCUUCCCCUUCUAUUCCCUCCCCCCCCACCCUCCCUCCGCUUCUUUAUCCUCCUCUUUUUUUUUUUUUUUCCUCCCCCCCCCUCUCCCCUUCCCUCUAUUCCGACCCUCCGCACCCUCCCGGCUGCCGUGUGGAUGCGGGCCGGGGUGCCUGACUGCGCGGGUGGCGAGAGCAGAUGCUGAGGGGCCGGAGGAGGAUGGAGUGCACCCUCGAUGCGCAGAGUUUGAUCAGUAUUUCCCUGCGGAAGAUCCACAGCUCCCGCACUCAACGAGGCGGCAUCAAGCUCCACAAGAACCUGCUCGUCUCCUAUGUGCUCCGCAACGCCCGGCAGCUCUACCUGAGCGAGCGCUACGCCGAGCUCUACCGCCGCCAGCAGCACUACCCGGACGGAGCCCCGCUCCUCGCCAUGCCCGCCUGCCCGCCGCCCGCCGCCGCCCCGCCGGAGCUGGCGGCUCUCCCGCUGCCCGCCGACACGCAGGACCGCGAGGCGCGGAGCUGUGCGGUGGUGCGGGGCGGUGCGGAGCUGCUGGAGGGGCCGGUGUGCGCGGCACCCCCGGAGCUGCAGAGAGCGCCCUGCAGAGACUCAUCCCCGGGCUUCUACCGGGCCGCCGGCAGCGCCGGUCCCGGUGGUGGUGGAGGAGGCGGCAGCAGCGCGGCCCCGGGGCUGCUCUACGCUGCCGGUUGUGACUUCGGGACCGGCGGGGUACCGCACUGUAGCAGCCGCACCACGGUGCUGGAUUUGGACACUCACGUCGUGACCACGGUGGAGAACGGGUACUUGCACCAGGACUGCUGCUCGCAGUGCCCCUGCUGCUGCCAGCCGGUAGCGGGGCUCGCCUCCCCGCCGCCCGCACCGGGCACCAAGCGCAAGUAUUACCCGGGGCAGGAGGAGGAAGAGGAGGGGGUGGAGGAAGGGGAGCCGGGGGGAGGCGGGGUGGCGGGCGGCCCCCCCUUCGCCCCGUGCACCAAACGCGCCCGUUUCGAGGAGUACAGCGCCGAGCACCCCCAGGACUCUUCCAACAUCUCCAACUUGAUCUCCAUCUUCGGCUCCGGUUUCACGGGGCUGGUGAGCCGGCAGCAGGCGGACUCGGAGCAGCCCCUCAACGGGCAGCUGUGCGGCAAGCAGGCGCUGGCGAGCCUGGGAGCCUGGACUCGGGCCAUCGUCGCGUUUUAGAGAGGAGCGGGGAGCAAAUAGAGGCGGGGGGGACGCGGUUGGAAGGAGGGGGGGGUUGGAAAACGGGGGUGCGAUCCGAGGGGACAGCGGCUCCGGAGGGGGGGACCCUGAAACAAAGGCGGGGAGGGGGGAGGUUGGGGCGAGGGGAAGGGGGGUGGGGGGUGCCGAGGGGUGCGCAGGGGGGGUGGGAGGGCAGAGCCACGCUAGUGUUUUAUAAAUUGUACAAUAAAGAAAACAAAAUCUAA